AACUGUUACCUCGAGCUUGACCUUCCCAGUUAAGGCUAUAUGGCCGGCAUAUCUCACAAAUAGUCCAGAUUUUCCCCGCUCUUGGUAAGCAUUCGCAAGAUCCAGACCGUUGACAUCUUGCCAGUGCUACAGUAGGAAGAGAACGUCAGUGGACAAGGUUGCAGUGUCGGGAUUUAUAGGGCUUAUCACGAUCGACGAGAUCCGUCGUGAAGGGCUGCAAGGUACACAAGUAUAAGAUCAGAUCACCUCCCUUGCUUCAUCUUGGAGAUAUCUCGACCCCCCAUCUCAUCUUGUUGGACUCAAUCCCAGAGGCAAGCAUUAACCCAACAUGAGAACCUCUGUCUUCGCCCUCGCGGCGUCCCUAGCCACCCUGGCCUCGGCCAAGGAGAAGGCCGUCGACAUGACGCUCAAGGCCGAGCUCUACGACAGCGGUGCCAGACAUGAACACAUCAUGGCGCUCAAGCACCAAACCUGGGCAGAACUCGACGCCGCCGGCGUCUACGACUCCACCCAAUACAAGAAAUUCCCCUCCUCCAAGCUCGACUACGUCCCCUGCACCAAGGGCUACGCCUCCUACAUCCCCGGCGACGCCAAGUACACCUUCCGGUGCAACAACCUCGACCUGUACGACUUCAAGACGCACGCCGAGCUCGGCUCUGGCUCCGGCCGCGGCGCCGGCUCCUGGGGCUGGACUUCGCCCAAGGGGCGCGAGUUCGUGGCCAUUGCGCAGGAGGACGGCACUGCGUUCGCGGAGGUCACCAAGAAGGGCAAGCUGGUUUAUUUGGGACGGCUGCCGCAGUAUACCACUGCUCAACCUAGCUUGUGGAGGGAGAUUAAGGGGUAUAAGAGUUAUAUUUUGAUUGGGAGUGAGGCGGUCAACCACGGCGUGCAGAUCUUUGAUUUGGCGAAGUUGCAGGAUGUUGACCCCGCCAGUCCGAACGUGUUCACGAACGAAAACGACUUGGACGGGUGGUGGAACGAGGGAUUGCCGGUGGGAAGGUCGCAUAAUGUGGUGACGAACGAGGAGAAGAAGUACGGUGUGGCUGUUGGGUUCCAGCCGCGGACGGGACCGUUGAGGGCCGGGUUGGUGUUCUUUGACUUGACGGAUCCGAAGAACCCCAAGACGCUGGGAGGCAGUGGUGAGGAUGGGUAUGUCCAUGAUGCGCAGUGCAUUGUGUAUCGUGGGCCGGAUAGGAAGUAUUAUGGGAAGGAUAUUUGUUAUGGAUAUGACGAGGAUUCUUUGACGAUCUUCGACGUAACCGACAAGCAAAACAUCCGCAUCAUCUCCAACACCUCGUACGAAGGCGCCUCCUACACCCACCAAGGCUGGGUCCUCGACCCCAACUGGCAACAAUACCUAAUCCUCGACGACGAGUACGACGAGUACGACGCCGCCGGCCUGGGCGCCGACGGGUACCCCAUCACCUACAUCUGGGACAUUUCCUCGCUCGAGAAGCCGAAGCAGACGGGCUACUAUAAGGGUCUCCGGAGGGGCAUCGACCACAACCAGUUCGUCCACAACGGGUUCUCGUACCAGAGCAACUACGGCUUGGGUCUCAGCAUCCUGGAUUUGAGAAGCGUGCCGUUUGAUCCCACGGGGAAGAAGAUCAAGGAGGUGGCGUACUUUGAUGUCCAUCCGGAGGAUGAUAAUGCUCCCGGUGGCGGGAAUGUUACUUUCAUCGGUACAUGGUCUCACUAUCCCUUCUUCCCGAGUGGGUAUAUUGUCAUUAACACGAUGGACCGUGGAGCGUUUGUGGUUAAGAGGACGCCGGCUUCUUGGUGGCCUUUCUAAGUUGUGGACGGGAUGGGCCCUGCAGUGGUCUAGUCACUGUUUCUCUUGGUAAUGCAAAUAAAGACAACGCAUGAUGCUCAAG